AACUGAGAAAGAAUUUACAUACUUCACAAGGAUUACACCAAAAAUGAUUGAAAAUAAGUAGAGUAAAAUAAUGGUCGUUGAAAUUGAUAAGAGAAUUAUAGUUUUUAUUUCAUUGUGUAUUAUAGACACUGCUUCUGCCUACAAGAAUGAAGAAGACAUCGGAAAAAGCUUGAAAACAUUGUUACCAAACUAUGGUCUUAAAAGAUCUGACAUAUUCAUAACUAGCAAGCUUGACACUGCUUCUGCCUACAAGAAUGAAGAAGACAUCGGAAAAAGCUUGAAAACAUUGUUACCAAAAUAUGGUCUUAAAAGAUCUGACAUAUUCAUAACUAGCAAGCUUGACACUGCUUCUGCCUACAAGAAUGAAGAAGACAUCGGAAAAAGCUUGAAAACAUUGUUACCAAAAUAUGGUCUUAAAAGAUCUGACAUAUUCAUAACUAGCAAGCUUGGUGAGUGUCGAAAAUAUUGUCAAUGAUCGAAAUAUUUCUCUCUCCAUUGGGAAAGAAAUGUACCCUGACGCGCUGGUCGCUUGUAGCACUUGUGAUGUACAUAUUGCUGUCGGUGUGGCGAUCUG